CCCGUAAGGGAAGCUAGCCGGCCGGCCUCCAUCAUAUCCACCCUCUCUAUCCCAUCCUCCUCUCGUGAGCCAUGGAGUCGAAUCAGGAGAAGGUUGCGGAGGGCAGAGGCGGCGACGCCCGGAGUCCGGUGCAGACGGUCUGCGUCUUCUGCGGUAGCAGUCCGGGGAACCGGCUGUCCUUCAGCGCUGCCGCGCUCGACCUUGGAAAGCAACUGGUGGAGAGGCGGCUCGACCUGGUCUACGGCGGCGGCAGCCGCGGGCUCAUGGGCCUGGUAUCCAAGGCCGUCUUCGACGGCGGCCGCCACGUCCUCGGGGUCAUCCCCAGUGCCCUCCUACCCGAAGAGGUGUCAGGGGAGACAUUGGGAGAGGUGAAAGUGGUCAGGGACAUGCACGAGCGCAAGUCAGAAAUGGCGAAACACGCCGACGCUUUCAUCGCCCUGCCAGGCGGUUACGGGACAAUCGAAGAACUGUUGGAGAUCAUAGCGUGGGCGCAGCUGGGGAUCCACAACAAACCGGUGGGGCUGCUCAACGUGGACGGCUACUACAAUAACCUGCUCUCGCUGUUCGACAAGGCCGUCGAGGAGGGCUUCAUCGACGCCGCGGCGCGGAAGAUCUUCGUCCUCGCCGACACCGCGGGCGACCUGCUGGCGCAGCUGACGGAGGCGAAGUUGGUGUUGGAGGAUGAUGACGAUGCCGCCGGAGGAGAGACGGCCGCCGCCGCCUCCGCUGGCGUCUGAGGAAAAGAAGCUAAUUGUCUUCGUGUAUUUGUUCCUCUGUCUCUCCUUUCGUUGUUCUCUUGAUUUCAAGUGUGUUGUUUUCUAGACUUCAUGAAUUGUGGAUCAUGCAACCAGCUUUUUUUUUUCCCAAAUGGAAGGGGAUCACAUCAAACUUUGAGUAGUACAAAC